GACCCGGCUCUGCUCUGGCGCGAUGUGGGGACGCGUGAACCGGGCGGCCGAGGCGUUUCAAGCUCGCCUCCUGGGGGAAUUUAAUGAAGAAAAGAAAGGGCUCUGUAAAGACCCAUUUAUCUAUGAGACUGAUGUCCAAGUACAGUUGAUCAGCAAAAAUCAGCCAAACCCUUUGAAAGAUAUUCUAAAUGAAAAUGAGGUAGUAUUCAUCGUGGAAAAAGUGCCUUUAGAAAAGGAAGAAACGAACCAUGUUGAAGAACUUCAGUCUGAAGAAACUGCUAUUUCUGAUUUCUCCAUUGGUGACAAUGUGGGACCACUUGCUUUACCAGUUGGGAGAGCAAGGCAGCUGAUUGGACUGUACACCAUGGCUCACAAUCCUCACAUGACCCACCUGAGGGUUGGCCUACCAACUGUGGCCCUUCCUCCCCUUUGGGUGAGAUGUGACAGCUCCGACCCUGAAGGCACCUGCUGGCUGGGAGCUGAGCUUACCACAGCAGGCAGCAGCAUCACAGGCAUCAUCUUACAUGUGGUCAGCUGUAAAGCUGAUAAAAAUUAUUCUAUAACUCUUGAAAACCUAAAAAAUUCACACAAGAAAAGACAUCACUUGUCUGCUGUGACAUCCCGGGGCUCUGCCCAGUAUGAGCUCUUCAAGUCCACAGCCUUGGAUGACACGGCCACCACGUCCCAGAGCGCCAUCACCCUUGAUCUGUCCUGGAGUCCUGUGGAUGAGCUUCUUCAGACCCCUCCGCUCUCCUCUGCUGCAGUGCUGAAUGUUAAAGUGGAAUCCGGAGAUCCCAGGGGUACUCUGAGUCAUCUUUACAGAGAACUGAAAUUUCUCCUUGUUUUGGCUGAUGGCUUGAGGACCGGUGUGACUGAAUGGCUCGAGCCUUUGGAAGUGAAGUCUGCUGUUGAACUUGUGCAGGAAUUUCUGAAUGACUUAAAUAAGCUGGAUGGAUUUGAUGAUUCUACAAAAAAAGACACAGAGGCUGUGAAGAAUGAUGCUGCAGCAGUUGAUCGCUCCGUCGAGCGUCUUUUCAAAGUGCGGGGUGACCUCGAUUUUGCCGAGCAGUUGUGGUGCAAAAUGAGCAGUAGUGUUAUUUCCUACCAAGACUUGGUGAAGUGUUUCACGUUGAUCAUCCAGAGUCUGCAGCGUGGCGAGAUCCAACCGUGGCUCCACAGUGGGAGUAACAGUUUACUGAGCAGGCUCAUUCAUCAGUCGUACCACGGAGCCAUGGACACUGUGUCUCUCAGUGGGCCUGUUCCAGUUCAGAUGCUCUUGGAAAUUGGUUUGGACAAACUAAAGAAGGAUUAUAUCAGUUUUUUCAUAGGUCAGGAACUUGCAUCUUUGAAUCACUUGGAGUACUUCAUUUCUCCAACGGUAGAGAUACAAGAACAGGUUUCUCGUGUUCAGAGACUCCACCAUAUUCUAGAAAUACUAAUCAGUUGCAUGCCUUUCAUUAAAUCUGAACAUGAAUUCCUCUUUUCUCUGACACAAAUCUGCAUACGCUAUUAUAAGCAGCAUCCUCUGGAUGAGCAGCACACGUUCCAGCUGCCAGUCAGGCCAGCUGCUGUGAAGAACUUAUAUCAAAGUGAGAAGCCACAGAAGUGGCGAGUAGAGAUACACGGCAGUGACAAGAAGGUGAAGACUGUCUGGCAACUGAGUGACAGCUCGCCCGUGCGCCAUCUGGACUUUCACAGACCUGACCUUUCUGAGCUGACCCUUAACGGGAGCUUGGAAGAAAGGGUACCCUUCACUACCACGGUCACUUGCUGCCAGGUGCACUUCCAGUGACACACGCUGAGGGGUCCUCAGGUAUUCACGCGCCCUUCUCAUUCUCUUCAGAUGCUUUGUAAUGAGGACCUUAUGUCUUAUUGUUUCUGUGGCAUAAAGGUUGCUUUAGUUCAUUAGGAAUGUGGAUUAUUAAUCAGUAAGCGCAUAAAAGUCUUACAGACUCUCCUGAGCAGCUCAAGUCUUUAAUUUUCUUUCUACCUUCUGUAAGCAGCCCAAUAGAUCAAUUUAAUCCUAAAACCAGAGGAAAUUUUGUGUGGUAGUGUCUUUGCAUUAAAAUCAGUA